CUUCCUUUUUCCUCUGCCGUGCUCCUUUCUGAAAUAUGGAAUAUUGUUUACUUUUUUUUAUCACCGGCUUUUUCACCCAGCAGGUGCGGGGCAACACACCGCCGAGAGCCGGACACAGAGUGUGUGAGGCGGGAAGACCAGUGGUGUCAGAGCACUCAGCAUGCUGUUACCCCAGCUGCCAGAGGAUGUCCUCUAUCACAUCUUUUCUUAUUUGGACUACAAAUCUCUUAGUCGCCUCUCUCAAGUUUGUAAAACUAUUUAUUACUUUGUAAACCGGGACGCUGUGUGGAGGAGGAUCGCUAAAGACUUUUUGAACACUGGAAUAACUCGGAACGGGACGGACAUAUAUCAUCACAUCCCACUGAAGGAGAGAGUAAAGAUAGCUCAAAACUGGUAUGACGGUGUCUGUAAAAGGGCUAUUCCUCUCAAAUGGAGAACAAAAUUGUUACCAUGGUUGCAGCUAGAUGGAGAUGUACUGUUUCUGUCUCAAGCUGCGGACAUUGGAGUUUACCCUCUACGCCAAGACCAUGGAAGGCUCCAGCGCAACCCACUCAAAAUCUAUUCGGGCCACAAGGGCGAUGUCUGCAGAUUUGUUCUGACAGACUCUCACCUGAUCAGUGGUGGAAGUGAUGGCAAGAUCCUGGUCCACAGUAGGAGGAGUGACAUGACAGUGGAGUUAUAUGGUCACAACCAAGAAGUAAACUGCUUGGAUUCCAAAGAUGGACUCAUCAUUAGUGGAUCCAGAGAUCAAACAGCCCGGAUUUGGACUUUCACUUCCAGCUGUCGCAGAGAUACAAUUCCCAUGUAUGACAGAGUGUGGUCUGUUGGUAUUAGUCCGGCACUGAGCUCUUUUGUGACGGGCACUGCGUGCUGUGAGAACUUCUCCCCCCUUCGCAUCUGGGAUGUUGAACGGCUGGAGUGUGUGUGCAGUCUGGGCUCAGAGUUUCGUCGAGGGGCCGGUGUGUUGGACAUGGUGUUUGAGACGCCUUUCCAGCUCUUCACCUGUGGCUAUGAUACCUUCAUUCGUCUGUGGGACCUCCGCCUCAGCCCACGGAAGUGUGUGAUGGAGUGGGAGGAGCCUCAUGAUAGCGCUCUGUACUGCAUCCAGACAGAUGGAAAUCACAUGAUAGCCAGCGGCUCCUCAUACUACGGUGUUGUUCGACUCUGGGACAAACGGCAGACUAAAUGCCUGCAGUUCUUCCAGCUGAGUUCAGACAAAGUGAGCAGCCCGGUGUACUGCCUUAGGUUCAGCAGCUCUCACCUGUAUGCAGCCCUGGCCACCUCCCUCCACUCCCUGGACUUCAGACACAACCCCAUCCCCAUCAGAUGACACACACACACGCACACACACACA